AUGCAAUAUCCCCCAGAGCCCCGUGCUUUGCACGGGGAGGAGCGGAGCGGCAGGCUGCCCAGGCGGGGUUCGCAGACUCAGGCCGGCAGGGAGGGAGGGCGGGCAGCCCCUUCCCGCACGCCGGGCCCCUCAGGUAUCGACAUCGCAAAGAGCCGAGGAGCCCGGUACCGGCUUGGUCCAGAGCUCGAAAUCUGUGGCUACGGCUGCUCGGAUCACUAUUAUGAGUCCGACACACUCUUGCAUUCAUUUCAAGUUCUGGCAAAGCUUUUGGAGUCUCCAGCUACUCAAGAUAUUAUCUGCGAUGUGGGAAUGCCUGUUCUGCACAGAAAUGUUCGCUACAAUUGUCGAGUGAUCUUUUUAAAUAAGAAAAUUCUUCUGAUCAGACCAAAAAUAUCAUUGGCAAAUGCAGGAAACUACAGGGAGCUUCGAUGGUUUACCCCGUGGAACAAAGCAAGGCAUGUGGAGGAGUAUUUUCUACCCAGGAUAAUUCAGGAAGUGACUGGACAGGAAACUGUUCCUUUUGGGGAUGCAGUGCUGGCAACCAAAGAUACCUGCCUAGGGGCAGAAAUAUGUGAAGAACUCUGGGCACCAAACAGCCCUCAUAUUGAAAUGGGACUUGAUGGUGUGGAAAUUUUCACUAACUCUUCAGGGAGUCACCAUGUGCUGCGGAAGGCUCACAUCCGGGUGGAUUUGGUGAAUUCUGCCACAGCAAAGAAUGGUGGAAUAUAUAUUUUAGCUAACCAGAAAGGCUGUGAUGGUGAUCGUCUGUAUUAUGAUGGCUGUGCCAUGAUUUCGAUGAAUGGAGAAACUGUUGCACAAGGAUCCCAGUUCUCACUCGAUGAUGUGGAGGUGCUGGUUGCCACUCUGGACUUGGAAGAUGUUCGAAGUUACAGAGCAGAGAUUUCAUCUCGUAACUUAGCGGCAAGUAAAGUGAAUCCCUAUCCCAGGGUGAAAGUGAAUUUUGCUCUGUCAUGUUCUGAUGAUGUAGCUGUACCUACGUGUAUGCCAAUCCAAUGGAGACACCAUAGUCCUGAGGAGGAGAUCAGCCUUGGUCCUGCAUGUUGGCUUUGGGACUAUUUAAGGCGCAGCAAACAGGCAGGAUUUCUCCUACCUCUUAGCGGCGGAAUUGACAGCUCUGCUACAGCUUGCAUAGUGUACUCUAUGUGUCACCAGGUUUGCCUGGCAGUCAAGAAUGGAAAUGCAGAUGUGCUGGCUGAUGUGCGCAAGAUUGUGAAUGAUGAGACCUAUGUCCCUGAGGAUCCUCGAGAAUUUUGCAAGCGUAUCUUUACCACUUGCUAUAUGGCUAGUGAGAACUCCUCCCAGGAUACUUGCAACAGGGCUAAACUUCUGGCUGAGCAAAUAGGCAGCUAUCACAUCAAUCUGAACAUAGAUGCGGCUGUGAAAGCUGUUGUGGGAAUUUUCAGCAUGGUGACAGGUCGAACUCCCCAUUUUUCUGUCUACGGAGGGAGCAACAGAGAAAACCUGGCACUCCAGAAUGUGCAGGCUAGAAUAAGAAUGGUCCUUGCCUACCUCUUUGCUCAGCUGACACUUUGGACUCGUGGGAUGCCAGGGGGCCUUCUGGUGCUGGGAUCAGCCAAUGUGGAUGAAAGUCUCCGAGGUUACUUGACGAAGUACGAUUGCUCAAGUGCGGAUAUCAAUCCCAUUGGUGGAAUCAGCAAGACUGAUCUGAAGAACUUCAUCCAAUAUUGCAUUGAAAAUUUUCAGCUCACGGCCCUCAGAAGUAUCAUGUCAGCUCCACCCACUGCGGAGUUAGAGCCCCUGGUGGAUGGACACGUGGCUCAAACUGAUGAGGCAGAUAUGGGCAUGACAUAUGCAGAGCUCUCAAUCUAUGGCAAGUUAAGAAAAAUUGCAAAGGCUGGACCAUACAGUAUGUUCUGUAAGCUGAUCAGCAUGUGGAAGGAAAUUUGUACUCCAAGAGAGGUGGCAUCAAAGGUUAAGCAUUUCUUCAGGAUGUAUUCAGUUAACAGACAUAAAAUGACCACCCUCACUCCUUCCUACCAUGCUGAAAACUACAGUCCAGAUGACAACCGAUUUGACCUGAGGCCUUUCCUUUAUAACACCACAUGGUCCUGGCAAUUUAGGUGUAUAGAUCAACAGGUAUCCAAGCUAGAAAAAAAAGAAGGAAUUUCUCCAGUUGAAGAUGUGGACUGAUUCGCUGUCUUGUUUAACUGUGGUAAUUAAUUUGCUAAGCAGCAUGUUCAAAACUGGAGCGUACUGUGAUGAUGAGCAGAGAUGACCCAAACAAUUG